UUGGUCUCAUUCGUCCCCGUUGUAGAACUCUCAUGCUCAUUCUACUGCGAGACGUCACCGGUAACCGGUACCCUUACGUUUAAAGUCGGAACAUAAUAGUUAAAAAAAAAGUUUUUAUCAUAUAUAUUUACGACAAUGUACUCCAUUAAAAGAAUUCUGACGUCUAAUAUCACUAAAGAUCAAUGUGCAAGACUGAAACAUAGCUUACCAGAUUUGCCUUAUGAAUACAAGGCAUUGGAACCGAUAAUAUGUGCAGAAAUUAUGCAACUACAUCAUUCUAAACAUCACGCGACUUACGUUAAUAAUUUGAAUGUUGCCGAAGAAAAACUGAAAGAAGCUGUUGCUAAGGGCGAUGUAAAUGCGCAAAUUGCACUUGGUCCUGCUUUAAAAUUUAAUGGAGGUGGCCAUCUCAAUCAUAGUAUCUUUUGGAAAAAUCUGUCGCCAUGUGGUGGUAAACCAAAUGAUGCUCUUAUCAAACAGAUAGAAAAAGACUUUCAUUCUUUGGAUGAGAUGAAAAAACGUUUAUCAGAGAGUACCGUUGCUAUUCAAGGCUCUGGAUGGGGAUGGCUUGGAUACGAUCAGAAAUCAAAAUCCCUUAAAAUUGCUACCUGUGCAAAUCAGGAUCCUUUACAGGCUACAACUGGCCUCAUACCUCUUCUUGGUAUUGAUGUUUGGGAACAUGCAUAUUACCUUCAGUAUAAAAAUGUACGACCUGAUUAUGUAAAAGCAAUCUUUGAUAUUGUUAAUUGGGAGGAUGUCAGUGCUCGUUUUAAACAGGCAUCUGGCUGUUAAGUGCUUUAUAUAUGCGAACAAGCAUAAUACUUCACAUUUGAAAUUAUCAUAUACUGUGCACCAUAUAAAACAGUUAUUGAUUUCAACAAUUUUUUGUAUAAGAUAGUAUAUCUACACCUGUGUUACUGUUUUAUAGAAAUAUUUCUUAUAAUAUCUUAGGUACUUAUUCAAUGCAUAUACAGUGAAUAAGAAAUAAAAAUAAAAUUAAUAUAUAUAUACCUACUUA